UCCCGGUCCCAGACUUGGCAUCACGGCCUGGGGCAGGAGCUGCGCGCCCCACUGAGAUCCGCCCGGGAAAGGGCGUCCCGUCUCCUCCCCGGUCCGUCCGGCGGGGGCGUCGCGGACUACACCUCCCAGCAUGCUCCGCAGGCCGCCGGGCAGCGAGGCGCGGUGAGUCAGAGCGCACAGUAAAUAUUUGUAUUAGCCGGGGCCGGCUCGCUAAUGGUGGACGCGUGAGGCGAGGCGCGAGCGCGCAGGGAGGCCGGAGCGGGCUGCGCGGCGGCGCCAUGUCCGUGAACAUGGACGAGCUCAAACACCAGGUGAUGAUCAACCAGUUCGUGCUGACGGCCGGCUGUGCGGCCGACCAGGCGAAGCAGCUGCUGCAGGCGGCCCACUGGCAGUUCGAGACAGCCCUCAGCGCCUUUUUCCAGGAGACCAACAUCCCCUACAGCCACCACCACCAGAUGAUGUGCACUCCCGCCAACACCCCUGCCACGCCCCCCAACUUCCCUGACGCCCUCACCAUGUUCUCCCGUCUCAAGGCCUCUGAAAGCUUCCACGGUGGUGGCAGCAGCGGCAGCCCAAUGGCCACGUCGGCCACAUCACCCCCACCGCACUUCCCCCACGCCACUGGCAGCUUUGCGACACCCGGCUGGCCAACUGCAGCCUCGCCCCCCGGAGGCCCACAGCACCACCAGCCGCAGCCGCCCCUCUGGACUACGGCACCCCCUUCCCCGGCUUCAGACUGGCCUCCUCUGGCCCCCCAACAGGCCACCUCAGAACCAAGGGCCCACCCUGCCAUGGAGGCAGAGAGAUAAGGGAGGCCCCUCCCCCCUCCCGGAGGCCAGGGCCCCGUGGGGUGGGGGAGAGGAUGUCUCUGUGGGCCCCUUCACCCUUCCUCUGUCUGCACCCACACACCCCAGAGCCCUGGAGGGGAGAGACUGGACUCUAGCCAGGCAGUCUUGUGCCAGCAUGCACAGCUGCACGCACGCAAGUUCACAGCGCAGGCACCCCAGCUCGCAUGGAUUUGAUUCAAAAGUGGCUUGGGUGCCUGGUGGGCAGCGCCUUGGAGACCAAGCAGCCAUCCCAAUGAAGACUCACCUGCCUGGCCCCACCACCUGGAGUGUUUCAGAGAAUCACUUGGUGGAGGAGACGUGGCUGACUCCUGUCUUGGGGCCGAUAGGCCUAGAUCCCCACCCUUGGGAAUGCAGAGCCUUCUCCGCAUGUGUGCGUGUAGCUGUGUCUAUGUAUUUAUACGUAUGUCGCUCUUCAAAAGCAGCCUAGUUUAUGGGGCAGCUGGACUUUGCAUGUUAGAGUGAGCCCCAAGCCCCUUGGCCCGACAUCCCCUCUUCCCAAGGGCCCUGCCUCACUCCACCUCCUUAUCUGCCAGCAUUGCUGUUUCCUGCAAAGGAUUAUGGGAAACUCCAGGACUCUUCUACCCAUACCCCAGCGCCUGCCUGCUGGGAUUCCCUGCAUGCCUCUUCCCCAGAGCCCAGGGGUACCUGAUCUUCAUUUCCUAUCCCCCUUUUAACAAAAGAGAACAGAAUUCCAACCUA